UAUUUAGCUUGUAUUCUACGCAAGAGGCGUAUUUCAGAUCGAGAAAUCCCAAAUCCCUGCCCUAAUCCCCUUUCCCUCGCUCUUUCUUCCUCCCGCGCCCUUUGCUGCUCGAAAGAUCCACUUUUGAUUUCGAUUUCGCCGAUUCAUCCGCCGGUGCCGGAUAUGGCGUGCGUCGACAUCCAUGGCAUGAGCGUGACGCUCACGUUGGUGGACCAGCUGUCGCUCGCCGGGAAGAAGAGAUCCGCCGACGAGAAUCUCGUCCUCGCCGACGAGUCCGAGGCCAGUGGAUGGUCGUCGGCGGUCUCGGACCGCAGGCUCGCCCUGCGCCGCCGGCGAGGUCCGGCUUCCUCUUCCUGCCGCCGCGGCUGCAUCGUGGUGACGGAGCCGCCGGACUGCCGUGCCGAGGAGGCUGUUCAGCAGGUUGCCGCGGAAGAAUUCGAAGGCAUACUGGAGCGCGAGGCUUUGUCUGUCGAGGAGCUGGUUUACUUCACCAUCUUCUAGUCCAUCGAUGCUAAAUCCCAAGGCCUGCUUGCCCAAGUCUCUGAAGAAGGAAGUUGAGGAGGCGUCAUAUGAAGUAAUCAAAUUACAAGUCAAGAGGCCGGAUGUGCUGGAAUGUCAGUUUAGCUAGGAAGUCAGUUUAGCUAGCAUGGUCAUGUCAGUUAGUACUCCCUUUGUAAACUAUCUUAUACUCCCUCCGUUCCAAAAUAGAUGACCCUGACCCAACUUUAUACUAACUUUGUACUAAAGUUAGUACAAAGUUGGGUCAUCUAUUUUGGAACGGAGGGAGUAGAAGUUAGUUAAUGAUCUAAACUAUCUUAUAGAAGUUAGUUAAUGAUCUAAACUAUCUUACAGAAGUUUACAAAAGGAGUACUUAGUACUAGUUGUUUCCUGUAAUAUCGUGGCUCACGGCAGUAUGUAAGCCGGAGAGUGGGUGGAGGGCGGCACGAUAUGAAUAAAACCAUAGUUUUCCCUA